AUGUCAAUUGAUUUAAAUAUUAACUCCUGUACAACAGGAACACCAUAUGAUAAAGAUGAACAAUGUGAACAAUAUGGUCCACCAACACCUGAAUUUUGUCAAGAUGAUGAUUUUUAUUCAAUGGUAUAUUUAUCUUCAUCCUCAUCAUCUUUCGUUGAUGAUAGAUUACUUCAUAAUGAAUCAGAAAAAGUUAAUAUAAUAUCAAUAACAUCAACGGGUCUAUUUUUAUGCAUUGAUCAUCAUCCUCGUUUUCAUUCAUUUGUCAAUAAUUUAUAUUUAUUUCAUACAAAUUAUUGGUCCUUUACUAUUUAUUGA